UUGACUUGUUGAAGACUUAUAACAGGCUAAAUGGCUGAUCACUCAUGCAUUCUUCAUAGGUUCUUCAGUCAUGAAGAUAUGUAGUUUCUUCUUUGCUUAUUUUUUAACUCUAAUAUUAUCUUGCUACUCACCCACUGCUCAAUUUAAUCCUACAGCAAAUCCUUCCGCUACAGCAAAUCUUUCCACUACAUGGACCACCCAAUACUCCCUUGACCAACCCGUACCCAUACUCCUUACAGAAACCAAGUGAAUUCCCUAAGCAAUAUGAAGUUGUUUGGUCAGCCAACAGAAACAGCCCGGUCGGCGACUGAAUUUCACUGCAGCUGGAGAAUUGGUCCUAACGGAUAUAGAUGGAAGCAUAGCUUGGACCGCUAACACUGCAGGAAAAUCCGUUGCUGGAAUGAACCUAACUGAUACCGGAAAUCUGGUGUUAUUCGAUGUCCAGAACUUGAUAGUUUGGCAAUCCUUUGAUCACCCAACAGACUGUUUGUUACUUGGCCAGCUGCUAUAUCAAGUAGGUCUGGCUAUCUAAAUGACAAUGAUACACAUAAAGGAAAAAGAUAUGUGAGGUUCUUGCCUUGGAAGUUGUCAUUAUUCAUUCAUUCUUCGGAGCCAAAUGAUCCUGAUGAUGUUAUUAUCAUACCGUAUAAAGAAUCAGCAGCUCAGUAUAUGAAACUGAUGCCAGACGGGCAUUUGCAUGGGAACCUAUUUCUGUAAAGUGGGAAGUGGUAACCGAUCUUACUGCACAAUUUCCUGAUGACUCAUGUAGCUAUCCUUUGGUUUGCGGAAGAAACUCCAUUUGCUCAACUGAUCAACAAUGUAGCUGUCCCAUAGCAGAGUAUUUUAGACCAGUGGACAAUCGCCAACCCAAACUGGGUUGCUCUGAAAUCACUCCUCUCUCAUGUAGUUCUACACAAGAUCAACAUUUUAUCACACUCGAGAAGGUCAAGUACUUCACCCCUGCCAACAUUGAAGAGGUGAAUGUGGAGAGAUGCAAACAAGCAUGUCUAAAGAAUUGCUCAUGCAAAGCAGCUUUUUUCCAGUAUUAUUCUGGUGCUCCAAUUGGAAACUGUUUUUUAGCUUCAGAGAUCUUUACAAUGGAGGCUGAUGAUUCAUAUUAUAAUGGUUCAGCUUUCAUAAAAGUACAGAAUGUUAGAUCACAUCAUUUAGCAACAAUUUUAGGCUCUACUAUUGGAAGUUUUGUGCUUCUGCUUGUUGUGGCUACGGGGUUUGUUACGUACAAAGUCCACAAGCACAAAAGGGAUGCUGAAAUGGAGGAAGACUAUUUAGAUCAAUUUCCUGGAAUCCCGAAUCGGUUUUCUUACGAAGAACUGAAAACCGCCACAGAGAGUUUUAGUAAAAAGCUUGGCGAAGGAGGAUAUGGAUCGGUUUUUGAAGGGAGUCUUGAAGAUGGGUCGAAGAUUGCUGUAAAAUGCCUUGAAGGUCUUUCACACAUUAAGAAAUCAUUCCUAGCCGAGGUUGAAUCCAUUGGCAGCAUUCACCAUGUGAACCUGGUCAGACUUAGGGGUUUCUGUACAUGGAAAUCACAACGUUUUCUUGUGUAUGACUACAUGAGUAAUGGGUCAUUAGAUAAGUGGAUCUACCAUAGAGUUCGGGAGCAAAUACUUGAAUGGGAAUGCAUAAAGAAAAUUAUUCUUGACAUAGCCAGAGGUUUAGCAUAUCUCCAUGAAGAAUGUAGGCAAAAGAUUGUGCAUCUUGAUAUUAAACCUCAAAACAUACUUCUUGACAAAGAUUUCAAUGCCAAAGUAUCUGAUUUUGGGUUAUCUAAGCUCAUUGACAAAAGUCAAACUGAAGUGAUGACUACCAUAAAAGGAACACGUGGCUAUAUGGCUCCAGAGUGGCGGACCACAAAUAUCAUCACUGAAAAGUUGGAUGUAUACAGCUUUGGGGUCGUAAUCUUGGAGAUGUUAUGUGGAAGGAAAGUUUUUGAUAGAUCUCUGCCAGAAGAAAGUUGGUACUUGCUCUCUAUGUUUGAGGAAUGCUGGGAGCAAGGAACUUUGCUAGAUAUGGUUGAUAGACACAAUGAAGAUAUGCUGCAGGAACACAAUACAGAAGUUGUGGAGAUGAUGAAAGUGGCUGCAUGGUGUUUACAAACAAACUUUAAGAGAAGACCUUCAAUGUCGUCGGUGGUUAAGGUGUUAGAAGGAGUGAUGCACGUUGAAUCGAACUUGGAUUACAACUUCACAGAUCCAAGAAUUCAGGAAACAGAAGUUGGAGAUGAGAGUGAAUUCACAUUAUUGUCAUCAUCUCUUCUCUCGGGGCCAAGAUAAGUAACCAUGAGGUUCUUGUGGAUCAUUUAUGUUCCAUUAUCAACUGAAAUGAUGGUUAAAAAUAUUUAUUUAUAGAUACUGGUGUCGUUCUAAUACAUAUAUAUACACACACGCGCACGGAUGGUAUCCUUCUCU